CUUCCCUGUCACUUUUGACGAAUUCUAUAUACCUAGUUCGUUUUUUCUUCCCUAAAAUAUAUCGUUUUCAGUUUAUUUUGUUUUGUUGGGUGCAACUUCACCUCACAAUUUUUUUGUAUGAAGCACCUUUCUGAUUCGUAGAUAUGAGUCGUCUAGUCAUCUUGAUUUGAUGAGGUUAUAGUCUAACAUCGACCUUUGAUUGAAAUAAGAACAAAAGAAAGAAUACAUACAUCCCCUUCAUCUUGCACCAAUUCCUUUAUUUUCUAGGGUUUUAUUUUUAUUACAUUAGUUUUUUUAUAUUCUCUCUCUCUCUCUCUCUCUCUCUCUCCCUUCUCUCUCUCUCUCGAAUUUUAUUCAUCUGGGUAUGGAAGAAUAUCAACAUGAAAGCAGAUCCACUCCUCAUAGAGUAAGUUUCUUGUACUCUCCAAUCUCUUCUUCCCACAAAAAUGAUAACACCACAACCAACAGCAAUAAUACCAAUUACGGUCCUGGUUACAAUAAUACUCAUAACAACAAUCAUCAACAACACAUGUUAUUCCCACAUAUGAGCUCUCUUCUUCCUCAAACGACGACUGAGAAUUGUUUCCGAUCCGAUCAUGAUCAGCCUACCAACGCAUCUGUUAAAUCAGAAGCAAGCUCCUCAAGAAUCAAUCACUACUCUAUGUUGAUGAAAGCAAUCCACAAUACUCAAGAAGAUAACAACAACAACAACAACAAUGAUACGGAAUCCAUGAAAGCUAAGAUAAUCGCUCAUCCCCACUACCCCACCCUCCUACACGCCUACUUAGACUGCCAGAAGUGGCCUAUACAGAUUGGAGCACCACCUGAGGUAGUUGAUAAAAUUACGGCGGCAAGGAAAGAGUUCGAGACGAGGCAGCAGCGGCCAAUCGCGUCCGUGACUGCGCUGUCUAGAGACCCUGAAUUGGAUCAAUUUAUGGAAGCAUACUGUGACAUGCUGGUCAAAUAUCAAGAGGAGCUAACACGGCCCAUUGAAGAAGCAAUGGAGUAUAUACGUCGUAUUGAAUCUCAAAUUAGCAUGUUGUGUCAGGGUCCCAUUCACAUCCUCAACAAUCCUGAUGGGAAAAGUGAAGGAAUGGAAUCAUCAGACGAAGAGCAAGAGAAUAAUAACAGUGGAGGGGAAGCAGAAUUACCGGAAAUAGACCCCAGGGCGGAAGAUCGGGAACUCAAGAAUCACUUGCUGAAGAAGUAUAGUGGAUACUUGAGCAGUCUAAAGCAAGAACUCUCCAAGAAAAAAAAGAAAGGUAAACUUCCCAAAGAAGCAAGGCAGAAGCUUCUCACGUGGUGGGAAUUGCAUUACAAGUGGCCAUAUCCUUCUGAAUCAGAGAAGGUCGCGUUGGCGGAAUCAACGGGGUUAGAUCAGAAACAGAUCAACAAUUGGUUCAUAAACCAAAGAAAACGUCACUGGAAACCAUCCGAAGACAUGCAGUUUAUGGUGAUGGAUGGUCUACAGCACCCGCACCACGCAGCUCUAUACAUGGAUGGUCAUUACAUGGGCGAUGGUCCUUAUCGUCUUGGACCAUAAGAGACCGCUUGCAGAUAUCCAGAAGGGUUAGCCAUAUAAUAACAACCUUUUGUUGCUCUCUCGUUUACAGUUUAUGGUUUCAACUUUCCUUCACAAGUUUGCUACCUAUAGCUUUUUUACCCGUAUUUAAUGUCUUAUAUCGUUCAAGGGGUUUGAGACUUCCUAGUCAUUUAAUUUCACUUCUUUUUUUUGUAUUUUUCAUAAUGUUUAUUUAUAAUAUAUGUGUUUUAAUAA